CUUCAGUAAUGCUGCAUUAAAAUGAAUAUCAAGCCACUCAAGAUUAGCUUCAGUCAUGUUGAUCUGGUACAGAAACCUCCUGCAACAACAUCACUGGAAUUCACAUGGAAUAAUCCCACUGGGGAUUUAUAGUGUGUGUGAAUUUAUAGUGGAACAAAAGUAUUACAGAUUCAUUAAUAAACUUCUAAUCGUGUGAUAUUUAUAUCAGUCUCCUGAAGACAAAUCAAUGAUCUAUUUUUACUCGCUCAAUAUCAUUAAUACACACUGGGAUUCAUCCUGGCUUAAUUUCUCCUUUUGUGGCACUUUGUGUGUCCUUGUGACGUGUGUCCCCCCGCUCUGAGGACACCCACUGUAUAAGGCAGUGAAGGGAGCAGCAGCAGAAGCCCUGCCUCCCCCUUUGUGUGCGACGCCCACGCUGAAGCCCUGGCAGCUAUAAAAGCCCUCGCUCUCUGUGGAUGGGCCCAGACAGAUAGUGAUCACACAGACUGCGUCUACUGAGAGCAGUUUCCAUAGGAACCCUCCAUAUUCAAAGUCCCAUUCUGCUCAUGGGGAGGAGACACCAGGGCUGAAUUGUGAAAAAGAGGCUAGAUCUGUUCAGGCCAAUUAUUAGAUUUUUAUUUUUUACGCUUCUCCCAUGGAGGAGAAAGAUUUUUUUUAAAUGAAAGUGUGGAAGGAGUGACUCUGAACUCCGGCUCUCCAGAUUUAGUUGGUCCAGUCUUCAUCCAAACUCUGACCUCAUCCAACAUGGUCUCUCACAGAUCCACCAAAGGAGCGUCUAAAGCCCGGCGGGACCACAUCAAUCACGAGAUCAGGAAAAUGCGGGCUUUGCUGCCCAUCAGCCACGACGACCAGGAGCGUCUGUCCUACCUGCACUCCAUGUCAGCCAUCUGCACCUACAUCAGGAAGUCUGUCCUCCUCCGAGGCGUCCUCCCCGGGGACGGAUCUCACUGUUCUCUACCGUACGAGGCCUUUCUCCAGGCUCUGCACGGCUUCAUCCUGGUCACCAGCUCCCAGGGGAAACUGGUCUAUGUGUCGGAAAAUGUAGCAGAAUACCUGGGUCUGUCGAUGAUUGACGUGCUUCAAGGAGACACUUUCUAUGACAUGCUCGAACCCUCUGAUGUCGAUGAUGUCAAAUCAAACCUGGACAUGGAAAACAACUUAUCAACAGAGCGAAGCUUCAUAUGUUGUAUGCAAACCUCAAAGGCCUUCAAGCUGCACCACAGCAGCUACUGCUCCAUGCUGGUCAGGGGCAGCUUCCAGUCCGUCCCUCUGCCCAGUCCGUCCUCCUCUGCCGCCCCCGAGUCUUUGUUUGUGGCCCUGUGCACCCCCACAGUGAACCGGCUGAGCAGCUCAGACUCCAGCUUCUGUCACAGCUUCACCAGCGUCCACAGGCUGGACAUGAGCUUCACUCAGCUGUCAGACAGUGUUUUAUAUUAUCUGGGGUAUUCAGCCGAUGAGAUGACCGGGCGAUCGUGGUACAGCCUUGUCCACCCUGACGACCUUUCCCUGAGUGCAGAUUCUCACAGAAGUAUAAUGGACACAGAUGAGGGCUUCCAGGUGGAGAUGGUGCUGAGACUCCAGUGCAAGGAUCUGUCAUGGGCCUGGGUCUACACCCGAGCUAACAAGGACACAGAGUGUCAGGGCAUCAGUUGCACUAACCACAUCAUCAGUGAAACAGAGGCCAGAUUCCUGCAGAAGGAAAUUGGCAGCGAUGCCUUCAGGCCAUCAUCUCCGGCGAACUCCUGCCAUAUUGCAGCUCAACAGGCGCCACACUCUCAGACCUACAAUAAUACUAAAUCUUUCAAAAGGCAGAGGACUUCUGACAGCCAGAGCGAAGAGCCUGCCGGUGCCAGAAUGAGGAGGGAGUCGGAGCAAGGCUACGCGGCGUGUGUCUACUCCCGAGAUGGGAGCUCACCUGUUCCCUCGGGUGAUGUCCCCACCGCUCUCUUCACGCCUCCCUACAGCCCGGCCUCCUCCGGCUCUCCUCUGCAGCAGGAAGAACUCAGCCAUGACCUCCUGAUGGAUGUGCACGGCUACAGUGAUCAGCUGCUGUCCUCCCCGGAGGCCUCUCCCUCCUACUACUCCUACCCAGAGGCAGCUCUCACCUGCCACCCAAGGCCCUCCGACUCCCUCCCUGCAGCCGCUGAACACUCCUUUUACCAGGCGGCCUUUGGUGAGGUCAGGCCGCCCUCUCCACUGUCCAUCUCAUCUCCAAACUAUGAUUUCCAGUCUUGUACAUCUGAUGCUCGAUUGGUUCCAGACUGCCUGUCGGCGUCCGACAUGUGUGGGAGCCUGGCAGAAUGUGCUCUGCAUCAAGACGAUUACAGCCUUCUAGAGCAGCCAGAAGGGGGCGACCUUUUGCAAGUGCAACAUGUGCCCCACCACCAUGUAAUGCAUGCACACUCCAGUCUUCUAACGCCCAACCAGUCUCCUACGUCCUCAGAGUCUAACCAGUACAAUGAGAGGGAGCAGGCAGAGAUCAGUAUCCUGGCGCAGCAGAUUUCCUCUCUGGCCAGUAGCUUUGACAUGUAUCACACGAUAAAGCCCCUUCAGCGCACGGCUCACAGCCCCCUGCCCUCAGCCUGUGACUGGCCCCAGCACCCACCUCACCCCUCUGUCCUUCCUCUCAAGUGUGACCUGGUCCUCGACGACGGCGUGAUCGACAGCAUCCUGAAAGACCUGGACACGGCCACAAGAAAAAGCAACACGUCCGACCCAGCUGUUGUGUCCUACACCUAUCAGCAGGGUUUAGUGUGCAGCAGGAGCGGGCCCCGUCAUUUGGAGCAGGAGCCCCUCGGCCCCUCCACGGCCACCCCAGAGGAGACGCUGCCUGCUGAGCGGUUCACUGCCAUGGAUCCCUUCAGUUUGCAGUUGGCACGCUUUGACCAAAACACUGGGUUGCAUCAACUCCACCACAAUAUGCACAUUAGCCUUCAGCAAGACGGACUUGCUAAAGAACACCUGUACUGAAAUAAGUAUGUGACUUACUGUACUAGCAGUUGUAUGACAUAUUGUCAGGACAAUCUUCCUUCGCUGGAUCAAAAGAAGAACUUGAACAAGGACGUUUAAAGGACGUCUUUGCUCAGAAAGUUUCCCCCUGCUGACGUAUUUGUGAAUGUAGAAAAGAAUCUUAAGCAGAUGCUGUUCUCUUCAGGGCUAAAGCUUUGUCUUCAUUCCUCCAGACUGCUGUCUACUCUCUUUAGUGUUUUACUAUAUUUUAUGAAACAGGUGCUGUCAACACUUACACGCUGACAUGGAGAGAUAUUUUUCUUCUAAUACGAAGUGACCACAGUUUACUAUCCAGCACUUUAUCAUGUCUUUGCCACCAGAGGUGUAUAAAUGAGAAGAUGAGACCUAGAAUUCAAACGUUCUAAUCAAAUCAAAGCAAAGAGCCAUUUUAAAUACUUGUUAUUAGUGCCUUAAUACAUGUUGACAAGACAGUUUGCUACAAGAUAAUAUUUGUAUUCCAUUUUUGUAAGCGUCUCAUUUUUCGUGCCCUCAGUACUUUGAAACUAAUAUGAAUAAUAAAAACGACCUCAGUCAGCGAGCAGUGAAAUAAUGAUGAGUGUGAAUUCAUCACCUACCUCUGGUACAUCUCACAGUUUUAUGAAUAAGUUAUAUUCAUGUCGACAGAGUGAACCGUAUUCAAUGUGAAACUUUAUUCCUUCCACAGAAUGUUUUCCACAUGGUACUAAAAUUGUAAAUGUCUGAAUGUUCAUGUAAUUUGUGUUA